AUUUGAGGUUCAUUAAUUCUUUGGUCAAUCCUAAUUUAGGCUCAGUAAUAUCUUGCACUUGGUAUUGUUUUCUCAGCUUAGUGAAAUCUUGUCUAUAAUAUCCAUUCCAGUUGGCGACAGUUGGCCUAAAUUAUAUGGAGGACUUUGGUCAAUUCAUAAAUAUCUUUGCAAGCUCACAACCACUCGUCCGGUUCAAAACCAGGUUAGGGAUUAUGAUUGAUAGUUAGCUAAUCCCAGGGUCUGGCUGACACUGGUAAUGGUUUCCAAAGCUAAGGUGACACUAAAUAAGCUAUUUGUUAGCGAAAAGUGUUGGUUUACCUAGUUGUUCCCUUAUAUUCACAUCUGUUGACGUUUAAGUUGCACAGGUUAUGAAUUCCCAGUUUAUGGAAAGAUCACUUACGACAAUAUCGAAUCUGCUAUCUCUCCUACUGAUUUUCUAGUCAUGCUCUGAGAACUUAUAAACAAAAUGAAGUUUGGACUUGCGACUCAUCAUUAACAGAUACUUCAUGCCAUUUUAGUAAAGGUCACUAUCCGUCUUUAUUAUUACACUAAACUAUGCUAUCCCAAACAACCAAAAAGGAAAUAAAGCAGACGGAGGCGUAAAUAAAGGGAAAAUGUCGCUUUUUCGCCUUCACGUUAGUUAUUUAGGGGAAAUGUCGCUUUCCCCCUCUUACGUCGUGUAUUUGGGAGAAAUUUGUCGACAAUUAGACGCUACGUACAGUGUUUGAAUAAACCGCAUUCAGAACUUAAGUUUUCAUACACGUCGACAAAUUAAGGCACCGCUUAACAAAAAAACAAUACUAUUGUCAUAAGAACGAGGUAUAAAAUACUGAACCAGGCAUAGCCAGCUGCCUAUGAUUUUCAUGACUUUUCAUCUUCGUUUCCCCUCGUAUCAUUCACCUUUAAGGAUUUAAAUUAAAUCCAUAAAAUAUUACUAAGACAUAUGGAGUUUUGACUGAAUAAGAGUAUGGACGGAUCCAUAAAAAAUAACCGAUUUCUGAAACACCAGAAAUAGAUAGAAACAGCAUCAAUUUCAAAAAUAGUGAACCCUUUUACUAGUAAUAUUUUCGGGAUUUUCAUUAAUUCAGAAAAAGGUAUACUUCUCAAUUCACAUUAUUUUUUACCAUUAUUCUCACAAUUACCCUGGAGGAAUUUUGCACAGUAUAUAUUAUUUUCAUGUGACUUAUUAUCAUUAAUAUUGUGAUUACCAUUCUUGAUACCACUUUAAUUAACCCAACGCUAUUCUACAUUAUGUUCACAGGGUUCGUUGCAUUAUAUUGACCAUAAACCAACACCUUUUAGCCGAUCUUCUUACCCUUUUUUUAAAUGACCUAUAAGACUUACAAAUGACAUUCUAGACAUGCUUAAGUCGUGAUCGAUGUAAAAGUUCACCAUUUUAGCGUAGAACAUUAUUUCAUGCAGUCACAACUGAUACGUACAUGUCUUAUUUCAAUCACCGUAAUAUAGCAUUUAUGGAUCUAUAACUGUACAGUUUGACGAAAUUACUGAAAACAACUUUUACCUCAAACAUUCUUUGUUUUCAAUACUCUGUGGGGACUUUUGAACCCAUACAAAUUGUUAAAGUAUGUUUCAUUUGUGAAUGGAUCAUGUAUCGUUAAUUAUUCAACAACUGUCAAUUUUGAUUGGUGUUCUGUGUUUUAAUAUCCCUCUGAACUAUCAAUUACGUUGUAACUUAUCACUUGCAAUUUUUAUCAUUUUAUUUAUAGAAGCAUGCUUCAGAAACAUUCCAAUCCACCUCUUGGUUUAGAACGGAUUCAUCGAUAUUUUUGUUACGUUUGUGGAACUCUUCUUCCACACAAGUUGGAAGUUCAUGAUUUAUUAGUAUGCCGAAAAUGUAAAACAUCUACGUGUAUGCAUUGGUUCAGUAAUAUGGAUGCAACUUUCAAUACUGAAGCUAAAUCUGGCAAAAUAAACCAAUUUAAUGAUGAUGAGUAUGAAUCCACAUCUUUAUUCUUUCCAUCAAUGAUUAGAGGGGCUAAAAAGAUCUUAAGAUCAGAAAUUGCUUUAAAGGAGGCUUUGGAGUCACAAUUUGAAAACGGUACAUCACAGCCAACAUUUGAUGGACCAACUAUUAGAAAAGAAUGUGCUUAUUGCGGCAAUGAUAGAAUGACUUAUGUUACACUUCAAACUCGUUCAGCAGAUGAAGGACAAACUGUAAUAUAUACUUGUACCCAAUGUUCUAAAAAAGAAAUUGAAAAUACUUGA